CGGUGGAGAGGUACGGUGGCCAUUUCAGGACAUCGCACAUAUUAAAUUCGGUUAACAGAGGUUUGAAGCCCUGACUGAAGCAGACACUAUGGGGAAAAUCGAGUGGGCAAUGUGGGCUAACGAACAAGCCCUUGCAGCUGGUCUCAUUCUCCUUACUGGCGGUAUCGUGGGGGUGGCUGGACAGUUCAGGGGCUGGCAAUUUGCUGCUUAUGGGGUAGCUGCAGGGGUGUUUGUGUGUCUGCUGGAGUACCCAAGAGGUAAAAGAAACAAGGGCAAGAGUGAGGAGAGAACGGGCCAAUACUGCUUCACUAUCUGUGUCAAAUCCUUUGGACCAUUAACCAGGAACUACUAUGUCAGAGCAUUUCUACAUGCAGCAAUCUGUGUUCCUGGGGGUUUUAUGCUUGCUACUGUCCUCGGGUGUGUCUGCCUGGGUAUUGCAAGCCUCAUCUACCUCGGGGCUGCAAUUCGAGGUGAACAAUGGGAACCCAUUCUACCAAUGAAGGAGAUCCGAAAGCCAGUUGGAGAAAGUAUCAAAAACCCUCCUCAAAACCCCCCUCCAAGACCCCCUGCAGAGAUACGCAGGAAAAGGGCAGAGGACCUAGAGGGAGCUGCCUACAUCAACCCCAUUGCUGUUACCGCCAACGAGUAUUAAAUUAAAUCCUCCGCAUCUUUCCACCAGCCGCACUUGAAUUAAGAAUACAUUUAAUUCUUGUGUGCCAGUCUGUUCUCCAUUAGACGCUGUGAUUUGAUACCAUAUUUAUUGAUGUUUUCUGAAAGUUAACUUAAGUGCCAGGAUGACAUGCUGAGACCAGACCUUCAUGUGCAAACUGUUGUUGAGAAAUUCAAUUCAAAAAGAGGAGUACUGGCAGGAGCUGAAGUUAAACUGACAGAUACAAAAAGAAGAUGGGUGUAUUUAAUUAUGUUAGGUUGUUGAGAUAAUCUGACGUAAUGGGAACAAAUCAAAUGCAAUGUUUUAUUUGUAGGCGGGGAAAGUUUUUCAUAGUGUUUCUCAGCUGCACGUGAUGAUCUGAAGUUUGGCUUCAAAUCUGGCAGCCAUGAUGGGACAGGAAGUUGGAUCUGCUGUUAAAUAAGCUGUUACCUCUGGUUCUGACUUUCAUGUAGCAACUUAAAAUUCAUGUUGUAGUUGUUGGUGGCAAUGGCAAGCAUUUUAACGUACUGGUGUCUUUGAGCAAUGGCGGUUUAAGUAAGGGCAACAGUUUUAACUUAAGAUGGAGGUGUCUGUAAGAUUUUGCGAUGCAAAGUUGUUGGCACUUUUAAUGAACCCUUUGUUCAAUACACUGGGAAUUUUCCUACCCCAUUCCCCCGAGCAGCAGGGGCCAUUUUUGAAUUUCACUGGAAAAGGCAUGAAUCCUAUGUUGUCUGUAUUUAACCAAACUAGAAUUCAUGUUGAUAAUACAAUGUUAGCAACUAUUAAAUUACUUUUACAAUGUAAAACCUUUGAAAUAAUGUGCUCUGUUACCCUGGUCGUUGAACUGUGCAAUUUUUUUUGGUCUUUAUGUCAAUACUGAUAAUGUUUACCAUUCAAAAAACAAUUAUAGAGCAUUUAGCCUUCAUAACUCAUUGCUUUUUAUUGUUUCACUCUACUGUAAAUAAAUCCUCUGUGUUCUCCAAAA